GGAAACCAAACAGAACAGAUUUGUCUUCUCCUUCCAUUUUGGCUGUGAUCUGGGAAACAGACGGUCCUGGCCUCUCUGAGAUUUGGAGAUUUGGGAGCCAUGCAGAGAGGGAUGCACACAAGCCGCCUUCAGGAUUUGGAAAGAUUACAGCUGCAGAAAGGAGAAAAUCCGCUGGCUCCAAAAUGACAUCCGGAGAGCCGAAGACAAGCCUCAAGAACGCCUACCCAUCUGCCAAGAGACUGCUGCCAAAGGCGGAGGAGGAGGAGGCAGAGGACUACUGUACCCCCGGAGCCUUCGAGCUGGAGCGUCUCUUCUGGAAGGGCAGUCCCCAGUACACCCACGUCAACGAGGUCUGGCCCCAGCUCUACGUCGGGGAUGAGGCAACGGCGCUGGACCGCUAUGGGCUGCAGAAGGCGGGCUUCACGCACGUGCUGAACGCUGCCCACGGCCGCUGGAACGUGGACACAGGACCCGACUACUACCGCGGCAUGGCCAUUGAGUAUCACGGAGUGGAGGCCGACGACCUGCCCACCUUCGACCUCAGCGUCUUCUUCUACUCGGCAGCCGCUUUCAUCGAUGCUGCCCUCCGCUCAGAUCACAGUAAGAUCCUGGUUCACUGCGCCAUGGGCCGCAGCCGGUCGGCCACCCUGGUCCUGGCCUACCUGAUGAUCCACAGGAGCAUGACGCUGGUGGAGGCCAUUCAACAAGUGGCAAAGAACCGCUGUGUCCUACCCAACCGGGGUUUUCUGAAGCAGCUCCGGGAACUGGACAAGCAGCUGGUGCAGCAGAGGCGACAGGCCCAGCACAGCGACAACGGCGAGAGGGCCAGCGAGAAGGAGCUGUAGGGCCCCACAUGGAAGAGUGGAGACACUUGGGAAUGAAGAGGGAUGGCUGAAAUAGCUCUGGCCUGUGACUUCUCUGUCAUGGAGAAGGGGCAGUGAGAUCAAAACUCGACUUCUUCCAAGUCAUCUUAAAGUUCCUGGGUGCAUGCUGAUGAACAGAUGAUGGGAGGCUGCCUCUGGGACGAGUCCAUUAUGUGGCUUCACAGCAAAAUGGGGCAGAUGGGCUUCCCAGCAGAAUUGGUUGCAGAUGAACACAGUUCUGCAUAUAGGUGCCUGUGUUUUUUACUGUUUAUUUUUUUUGUAAAAUGGGAGCAGACAAGGAUUUUAAAAUGUGUAGGCAUUGUGCUGUGAUUAAAUGUGUGGCUGUCUGAAAGUCACAUUCUUAAAAAAUAAUUUUGAAAUAUAAACAUGUUUUCUAACCACAGAAAAGUGCCUGGGAGUGCUGUUCCUCAGGAGAGUUCACACAGCUCAUUAGGAAGAUCGUCUCUGUGGCCCCUGUGUUUCCUUACUGCCUCACGCAUUCCAUUUCCAACGGGAUCCCCAGAGUCAGCUCCCCUAGACGUGCUGCUCUCUGAAAGCUGCAGAGAGCACCUCACUUGGUGGGAUGGGGAGUGGGGUCCGGGGACCCAGCACAGAGUCCCUGCUUUGGGCUCCCCGCCUUCCCCAGGGAGCCAGGGCUUUUCAAACUUUUAGCCAGAGCUGCCACUACCCAGAGAAAUUCAGUAAAUUGUGGUAAAUUUAAAUUUUGCACAAGAGUUUGACUUUAAAAUUUUGGAAAAGAGGGAAGAGACACUCUUUAGUGAACAAGAACUCAGGGAAGCUCCUUGCAUUUUGAUUUGUUUUCAGUCCCACCAGAAAGUACUUGCCAAUGUGCUCGCUCUGGAAUGGGAGAACAAGGCAUCCAGGUGAGCUCAGGUGGGAGGUUCCCCCUUCCUUGAAAGUUCAAGCCAGUCCCCUGACUCUGAUUUUCAUUCUUGAGGACAGAACAACAGCAAGCACCAAGCGGGUAGGAUGGCUUCUAGAACUAGGAACAAGCAACCAGGUGAACCCAAAGAGGGUUACUGAUGGAGAUGCUGGCGGUCAAGGACCAGAAACCAAAACUGCCUAGGGAAAGCGGAGCGUCAUAAAGGUCUAUGGGGAAAAUGUGAAGAGGCCCAGUCUUCCAAUCUGGCUGUGGUUUUCAGUGGAAUGAAAGAGGUUCGUGAUGAAGGAUAGUGUCCAGGGUCUCAGCAGCUGUGCAAAGGCACCCAAGGGUAACCCUGUGAACUUUGGUGGGCUGCCCUGCUUUCGUGCCAGAGGGGAGGACUUGUGGCCUGCGCCCUGUCUGGGCUGGCUUCCUGGGACUGCCCAGGGCUGCUCUGGGUGAGUCACCCUGGCCUGGGAGGAAUCAGGUCCUCAUAUGACUCAGACUGGAGUGUGAUGGAAGCCGCAAAAGCUCUUGGGAAAGAGACACCAAAACAACAACAAAUAAACACCCCCCCCACAAACUCUAGGGUCAUAGUAGCCCCUACCUAGACUUUUCCAAUCACAGGAUCCUAAUAAUUGCCUUGAAACUCACCUGUCUCCUAAGUCUGAUCUAUUCCUUGUCUGGAAGAAAAUCAGUAUUUCCAUUUUAGUAAAAUAUGCGGAAAGUACAGAACACUUGUAGUCCCCCUGCUGGUGUUCUCUCAAGUCCCUGCCCCUUCCUACAUGCUCCCGCCCCUCUGAGCACAGCAGAAUCAGAGAACUUCCACAUUGGAGGUCCAGCCUCUUCAAUACGGUUCCUGGGAGCUAGAGGUAGGAGAAAGGAGAAAGAGAAGUUUUUGCAAAAGUGUUUCAAGUCUUCAGAAGUCAAAUAUUCAUUCAUUCAACAAGUAUUU